GUCGAAUGUUAAAUGCUGGUUGAAGAAUUGGGAUCUUCGCGGGAAUAAUAAAAAAAAAAGGUGCACUUCGGAGCUAUUUGGGCCUCAAAAGAGUGGCUGAAAGUACAUUUGGACUUGGGUCUUGGUAGACGACGAAGAACACUAACGACUGAAACGGUGUCGUAUUGAAGAAACACACACAGAGUCGGAGAUCAUACCGGAGGACGACGAACCUUUCCAUCAGCUGUCCUUUUGCUCUCUUUAACUUCCGAUUAACUCUGUACUCAAUAGCCCUCAGGUCAUAUUGAUUGAAUUCAAGUAUUCUUUUGAUGGUGGCGCAUUGGCAGUGGGAAAACGCCACCGCCGGCGCCGUCGCGGGAUUCACCACCGUCGCUGCGAUGCACCCACUUGAUGUUGUUCGUACGAGAUUCCAAGUGAAUGAGGGAAGAGGAUUAAGUACUAGUCUCCCGACGGACAAGAACACAGCUCACGCUCUCUUCACCAUUACCCGUAUCGAGGGAUUGAGAGGACUUUAUGCAGGUUUCUUCCCUGCUGUCAUCGGUUCUACUCUUUCCUGGAGCUUAUACUUCUUCUUUUAUGGAAGAGCCAAACAGAGAUACGCUAGAGGCAGCAGGGACGACGAUGAGAAACUCAGCCCUGCUCUUCACCUUGCUUCUGCCGCUGAAGCUGGAGCCUUGGUCUGUUUAUGCACAAAUCCUAUUUGGCUUGUCAAAACAAGACUACAGCUUCAGACACCUCUUCAUCAAACCCGACCUUACUCUGGCCUAUUAGAUGCCUUUAGAACCAUAAUGAAAGAGGAAGGACCCAGGGCGCUCUACAAGGGUAUUGUCCCUGCUCUUGUACUGCAGGUUUCUCAUGGUGCUAUUCAGUUCACAGCGUAUGAAGAACUCCGUAAAGUCAUUGUGGAUUUCAAAGAAAGGAGAAGAAAAUCUGAAUCCACAGCUGAUAAUUUAUUGAACUCGGCAGAUUAUGCUGCACUUGGAGGCUCCUCCAAAGUCGCUGCAGUUCUUCUUACAUAUCCCUUUCAGGUUAUUCGAGCAAGAUUACAGCAACGACCUAGUACCAACGGAAUGCCAAGAUAUAUAGACAGCUUACAUGUCAUAAGAGAAACCGCGAGAUUCGAGGGUCUCAGAGGUUUCUACAAGGGUUUAACUGCUAAUCUUUUGAAAAAUGUGCCUGCUUCUUACAUCACAUUCAUUGUGUAUGAAAACGUUCUGAAGUUGCUAAAACAACAACCUCCAACGAAAUAAAGCAACAUAAGGAUCAGGUUUACAGCAGCUUUAGAGACAGCCUUACUCCUCUUUUAGAGAAUACUUGUUGGAAGCCACUGUACUAGGGACAUUCAUCCAACUUUCUCCAAGAACCGAGAGGGAAAACCAAAGGAUUCUGGCCACCAGAAAAGUCACAAACCUCUUCCUAAUAGACAACUAGUAUUGUGCUUUGAAAUGGCAUCAUAGGCAAGAAAACUGGUAGACUUGUUGAACUAAGACUAAUCAAAAUCAUCAUUGUUUUU